AUGCAGAACGCCCAAAAGUCCAUCGAGAUCGCCUUCUUUUCGUCGCACAGCUACGACAUCGAGUCGAUGAAGCAAAUCGCCAAGGAGGACGGCGUCACUCCGAAGCAUGAAAUCAAAUUCUUCGCUCCACGGCUGGAUGCCGACUCUGCGAAGCUGGCCGAGGGCUGCGAGGGCGUCUGCAUCUUCGUCAACGAUGUCGCCAAUGAGGCCGCCCUGCGUGUCCUCCAUGCUGGUGGCACUCGCGUGGUAUUCCUGCGAUGUGCUGGCUUCGAUAUGAUCGACCUCAAGGUCGCCAAGGAGUUGGGCAUACCCGUCAUCCGCGUGCCGGCCUACUCACCGUACGCUGUAGCGGAGCACGCCGCGUCGCUGAUGAUGGCGCUAAACCGCAAGAUCCACCGCUCGUUCAACCGCACGCGUGAGCUGAACUUCCGCCUGGCAGGUCUGCUGGGCUUUGAUGUCCAUGGCAAGACCAUCGGUGUCGUCGGAACUGGCAAGAUCGGCGCCCUGUUCGCUCACAUUGCCGCCGGCUUUGGCGCCAAGGUGCUGGGCUACGACGUGGUGCAGAACCCGGAGGCUUUGAGCUACGGUGUCGAGUACGUGUCGUUGGAUGAAAUCUGGGCUCGCUCGGACAUCAUCUCGCUGCACGUCCCUCUGUUCCCAAGCACCAAACACGUGAUCAACGCCGAGAGCAUCGCCAAGAUGAAGCCCGGCGUGAUGCUCAUCAACACGAGUCGUGGCGGCUUGAUCGACACGAGGGCUUUGGUGAACGGGCUGGAGUCGAAGAAAAUCGGCGCGGUUGGCCUCGACGUCUUCGAAGGGGAAGGUGAGUACUUCUACUCGGACCACUCGGGGACCAUCAUUGCCGACGACGAUCUCGCCCGGUUGUUCACGUUCCCGAACGUGAUCAUCACGGGCCACCAGGCUUUCUUCACGAAAGAGGCGCUGGACAACAUCGCGCGCACGACGAUGAGCAACAUCAAGGCGUACGUGAGGAAGGAGCCACUGGUGAACGAGGUCAAGUGAAGCGUGGCUUUAUGAUAAGCGGUGCAAAGUUGGACACGAACCAAGCAGCGGGUGAUGAACAGUGCAAGGCGGCGGAUUGAACUGUUGAGACAGUAAAUACAUGUAGUUAGCUCUGCACCCG